AUGUAUAUAAGGACGACAAAAUUAAAGGGCUGCGGUCAUUUUUUGAGGCCUUUUCGCUCCCUACUUAUUCUGUUGCUUUGUAUAUUUUCGAAUGGAGGGAUCCGUGUAGAUCAGGAAUCCUGUAGGGAAGGACGCACAGUAGUGCACAUUAACGGAGACCCGUUUUGUAAGAAUUUCCAUUUUGGAAGAUUUUUAAGCGAAGAUGUAGUUGAAACGGAGAGCCCUCCAACCAACGUGAAAGAAGCAUUCGAAGGCUACCCACCAGAGGCUCCAUACGAAAUAACAAAAGAAGAAUUAAGAACAAGGCUUGCAUACUGUGGACGUUUAUUUGUUUGUAAGAAAAGAGCACAUGCAGCAAUUUAUGUGUAUAUUAAUUAUUUAAGAGCUCAAUACUACGAUAUGAUAAGGGGUUUAAAAAAGACAUUUGAUGAAUUAGCAUAUGAAAAUGAAAUACCGGAGGAAGUCAAGAACAAGUAUUGGAAAGAAUGUGAAGCCGAACGCUUGAGUGGAUUACUAGCAAUGGAACAUGUUGCUCAGAAGUACUUUGAGGGCAUAAUGAAUAACAAAGUAAUUUUAACACCACAGUUUAACUGGAGCUUAAGCGCGCAUGAGUCCUUCUGGUUAUCGGAGAUGUUUGAGAAGGAGCUCAAGUGGAAGAAGAUCUUCUUCGAUUUGGCCAAUAAUUACGCAGUGGAAGAUGAGGCCAAGUAUUAA